UUAAAAAGGAAAAUAAAAGUGUUGACCUCAUAUUUUGACCCCUCCACUCUUUUUUGAAACUAAAGAAAUGGAGGGAGUAUUAUUAGUAUCUUUAGUAUCUAGAUAUAAAGACACAAAAAGGUAUAAAUUAUGGUGCUUAUAAGUAUCUCCUAAUCAAUAUUCAUGAUUAUAUAAUUGAUUCUAUUUAUGCUAAUUCUGAGAGUAAUGAUAUAGUAAACCUUUGUUAACUUAAACAAUGUGAUUUGAAGAACAUGACCUGUAUUAAAUACAGAUGAAUCAUGUUAUAAGCUAAGAUCUAGUAUAAGUGAACUAGAUAAAACGAAACAGUAACAUUCUUCUGGUUAGUGAUGAUCUUAUUGUAUGUAAACAGGCCGAGGAUUUUAUGGGAUCAUGAACUCGGGUUGCCCCGAGACAUUCCAAUCAUCUCAACAAACUCAACAGAGAAUUAGAGGCAGAAGAUUUCAAGAUCGCCAUCAAAAGAUUGAACAAUUUAGGCAGGGUGAUAUUAUGGCAUUUCCUGCAGGUGCUGCACAUUGGCUAUAUAAUGAAGGAAAUGAAGAAGUUGUUCUUGUUGUUCUUGAAGAUGCCUCUAACAAUGCCAAUCAAUUGGAUCAAACUUCUCGGAGGUUCUUUAUUGCUGGAAACCCGCAACAAGGACAACAACAACAAGGGAGCCAGUAUGGUGGCAGCACUAUGCGAAGGGAGCAAUUUCGAUCAGGCAAUGUUUUCAAUGGCUUUGACAUAGAAAUUCUAUCAGAAGCAUUUGGUGUUGGCAGGGAGAUGGCGAGGAGGCUACAAGGACAAGAUGACAUGAGAGGUCACAUUGUUAGUGUUCAAGAAAGGCUUAGAGUAAUUAGGCCACCUUUUUCACAAGAACAAGAAGAACAACAAGAACAAGGACAAUAUGGUCGUGGUCCUAUGACUAAUGGAAUUGAAGAGACAAUUUGUACUGCUAAGGUUAGAGAAAACAUUGACAAUCCCUCUCGUGCUGAUAUAUACAACCCGCGUGCAGGACGUUUAAGCACUGUCAAUAGUUUCACUCUGCCCAUUCUUAGCUUCCUCAGACUCAGUGCCGCUAGGGGAGUUCUCUACAGAAAUUCGAUGAUGGCACCACAUUGGUACAAGAAUGCACACAGCAUAAUCUACAUAACGAGAGGGGAAUCAAGAAUUCAGAUAGUAGAUCACAGAGGACGAGCAGUGCUAGAUGAUCAAGUUCGCGAAGGACAAUGUUUAGUAGUGCCACAGAACUAUGCAGUUGUAAAACAAGCAGGAAAUGAAGGAUGUGAAUGGAUAGCAUUCAACACUAAUGACAAUGCCAUGAUCAACACCCUGAGUGGCCGUACCUCGGCCAUUCGGGGGCUUCCCUUGGAUGUCAUUGCCAAUGCUUAUCAGAUAUCGAGGGAUGAAGCGCGGAGGCUUAAGUUUAACAGGGACGAAACGCUCAUUUUCAGUUCUAAUAGAAGAUCGCCGCGUUCCUAUGAGAGAGUAAUUGGUCUGGUUGAUGAGACUAAUACUACUAGUAUUACUUGAUAAUAAGAAGAGGACUUGAGGAAUUAUGUUCGCAGAUGCAAUAAUAUGUAAUUGCGGCAUGUUUCUGUAAUUGAGAAA